AUGUCAACACGCCAAGAGCCCGAAGAUUUCGAUUUUAUGAGUGCGCUGCUGCUCUUUGGGAAGUACAGUGACUUCAAACUGCGAUGCCAGGAUGUUGAGUUCCAGCUCCACAAGUCGGUCGUCUGUAUGCAGAGUCCCAUGUUCGCAGCUGCGCUCGACGGCAACUUUACAGAAGCGGCCUCCAGUAUCAUCGUCGCGGAGCUAUUCGAUCUCGACACGAUCAAACGGUUGAUCCAGUUUUUCUACAUCGGCGACUACGAUGCCGAGAGACCUAGCGACACAAAGAAGAUUAUUCUGAAGCUCGAGUCAACUUGGGAGCAAAAGGUUACCCCCUCCGGAACGGAGAUCUUGAGCGCCAUGUCCGUCGCCGAGCAGCUCAGUGCUCACAUCGACCUCAACAUUGCGGCCGAUUACUACCAGGUCCCCGAUCUUCUCAAGAUGACAAGAGAUGAGGUGGAAAAAUUGCUCCAGCAUCACUGGAAUGCGAGCGCCUUCCCGGAAAUCUUCGAUCGCGUAUCAGCAGUUGUCGCUGACCCAAAGCUUCAAUCAAUCGUGACCGAUGCCGCCGCUCGGCACUUGGACGAGCUCCUCGAAUUGAAGGAGUUCCGAGAUCUUGAUUGCAUCAGCGACAUGACGAUCAAGCUUCUUUCAAGCAUUCUGGAGACAAACAAAUCGGUCAAGACCCCCAAACUGAAAAGCCCAAAAUCCAAAUCAGCGCUCAAGAGAAAGUCGACUUUCCAAUGGUAA